AUGUCUCCAAAAACGAUGCUACAGAAAAUGCUGCUGGUGUUGCUAUCUUUUUUCAUAGUUACCUGGAUAAUUUUUAUCAUUCCUCAAAACUCUAUAAAGCCUUGGCCUCUUUUAAACUUAUCCACCUUCCUCCCUCACUGGAACACCACUAUGAAGUCCUCAUUCCCCAAAACACCAGUGAGCCCGAGAAAAUCACCAACAGAGACUGAGCUGAGAAUACAGGAAAUCAUGGCGAAACUAGACCAGCAGAUCCCGCCCAGACCUUUCACUCAUGUGAACACCACCACCAGUGCCUCACACAGCACAGCCACCAUCCUCAACCCUCAACACACAUACUGCAUGGGGGACCAGCUGGACGUCCUGCUGGAGGCGAGGGACCACUUGGGGCACCGGAAGCAAUAUGGUGGGGAUUUCCUGAGGGCCAGGAUGUUCUCCCCAGCCCUGCAGGCAGGCGCUGCAGGAAAAGUGACCGACUUUAACAACGGCAACUACCGUGUCACCUUCACUCUAUUCUGGGAGGGCUGGGUCACCCUGUCUGUCCUGCUCAUCCACCCCAGUGAAGGGGCAUCGGCCCUCUGGAGGGCCAGGAACCAAGGCUAUGAUAAGAUUAUUUUCACAGGUAAAUUUGUUAACGUCACCUCCCAUGUCUUCACUGAAUGUGGCCUGACCCCAAUGUCAAGGGGAGAGCUCUGUGAAUACCUGGACAAUAGAGACCAAGAAGCCUUCUACUGUGUGAAGCCUCCACACAUGCCCUGUGAGGCCCUGACUCACAUGUCCAGCAGGAAUCGGAACAUUUCUUAUCUCACUGACCAGGAAAAAGCCCUUUUCCACAGUUACAAUGUGGGAGUUGAAAUGCUGAAACACUUCAAACCCAUCAACGUCUCCCGAUGUAAAGGGAAAGAAACGAUGAAAGAGAAAUGCCAAGUUGGAAUGAAGGUUCCCGUCCCUGGUGGCUAUACUUCACGAGGAAGGUGGAUCCCAACAUUCUGUAACCAGAUUCAGUUAGACUCCAAUAAGAUAAGUAGCUGUUUAAAAAGAAAACUCAUUUACCUCCUGGGAGACUCUACUCUGCGCCAGUGGGUCUACUACAUACCCCGAGUUGUGAAAACACUAAAAUUUUUUGAUCUUCAUGAAACUGGAGUUUUUAAGAAACAUGUACUUCUGGAUGCAGAAAGACACACUCAGAUCCAAUGGAAAAAACACAGCCAUCCUUUUGUCACUCAGCAACUCUACUCUCAGAUAGAUAAUAAUUAUAUGUCUCGGGAAAUUGACCGGCUACCAGGGGACAAAAACACAGCCAUUGUCAUCACCUUUGGCCAACACUUCAGACCCUUCCCCUUUGACAUUUUCCUUCGCAGGGCCAUCAGCGUCCGAAAGGCUAUUGAACGGCUGUUCCUGAGAAGCCCGACCACGAAAGUGAUCAUUAAGACAGAAAACAUUAGGGAGAUGCACAUCGACACGGAGCGGUUUGGAGACUUCCAUGGUUACAUUCAAUAUCUCGCCAUGAAGGAUAUUUUCGAAGAUCUCAAUGUGGGUAUCAUUGACGCCUGGGACAUGACUAUUGCAUAUGGCACCAGUAAUGUCCACCCACCUGAUCGUGUGAUUGGAAGUCAGAUUAAUAUGUUCCUAAACUACAUUUGCUAA